AUGCUGCACUCGGUGCACAGCUCGGGGUUUGCAGCGAGCCGGUCGACGCGCCUUCGCGUCUCUGCAAAUGCACCUUCUGCAGCAGCUGCUACUGGAGGAACUCCUGUACCAAAGAACAGCGUGCUGGUCGUAGGCGCUACGGGAACGCUCGGUCGUCAAAUCGUCCGCCGGGCGCUAGACGAUGGCUACGAUGUCCGCUGCCUCGUUCGCCCCAGGCCCAACCCAGCAGAUUUCCUGCGCGACUGGGGCGCAAAGGUCGUUAACGGCGAUUUGACCGACCCUGCCUCCAUUCCUGCAUGCCUGGUUGGGGUAAACACGGUGAUCGACUGCGCCACUGCGCGCCCCGAGGAGCCCACUCGGAAGGUGGACUGGGAGGGGAAAGUGGCCCUCAUCCAGGCGGCACAGGCUAUGGGCAUUCAGCGUUACAUCUUCUUCUCCAUCUUCGAUUGUGACAAGCACCCGGAGGUGCCGCUGAUGAACAUUAAGUCGUGUACGGAGGAGUUCCUGGCAUCCAGUGGCCUGGACUACACCACGUUCCGGUUGUGUGGGUUUCAUCAGGCGGUUAUCGGCAACUAUGCAGUUCCUAUUUUGGAGGAGAGGAGCGUGUGGGGCACCAAUGACGAAACACGCACCGCCUACCUGGACAGUCAGGAUGUAGCCAAAAUGACGGUUGCCGCGUUGCGUACGGACAAGACCUCUCGCCGUACACUGACUCUCUCCGGCCCCAAGGCCUGGACAACCCGGGAGGUCAUCGAGCUGUGUGAGAAGAUGGCGGACACGAACGCCAAGGUUACGACAGUUCCUACCUGGCUUCUCAAACGCACUCGGGGCGUGUUGAAGUCGAUGCAGUGGGCUGCUGAUGCAGCGGACCGACUGGCGUUUGCGGAGGUGUUGUCUAACAAUGAGGUGUGGUCGGCCGACAUGACGGAGACGUACCGCCUGCUGGACAUGGAUCCAGGGAGCGUAAUCACCCUGGAGUCGUACUUGCAGCGUAGGGCUUCCGGAAGCCUCAUCGGUUGCGGGUUCAAGGACGCGGACUACUUCUCCCGCAUUUUGAAGAAGCUGAAGGAGGUGGGGGCGGCGGCGGACCGAACAAACUUCUAUGUAUGAGCUGUUGUAGCAGCAGCAACCGCAGCAGCUGCAGGAGCUGCAGGAGCAGGAGAGCAACCUUGAGGAGCUGGAGGGGAUACCCGGGGAGUGUUGUGUGUGUGUGUAUCGUGUGGUGGGUGGUGGGGGUGGCGGUUGUGAGAGGGAGACCUAGGGGGGCGACGGGGGGACCGGAGAGGCGAGGCGAGGGGAGGGAAGGGGAGCAGGAAGGGGGGGUCCCAUGUGGCGUGGUGUGAUGCGAUGUGAGGGUGAUGAGCAGGGAGUUAUGCUCCUUUCUCUGAGCGCUUUUCCCCUCCACACUAAGGCCCCCGUGUCUGUGUGUAUAUGCGUGUGUGUAUGCGUGUCUGUGGUGGGUUUGGGCGCAGGUGAAACGCAUAACGGUGAUAAACAUUCAAAAAUGGCGGGGAGGGCCCUGAAGGAUGGCCAGAGGGGAUGAUGGAAAUGUACCGCUAAUAGGUGGGUGGCAUGGGGGAAGGCAGCGGACGCGCGGAGAGAAGCAGAUGCGAGAGUGCGAGGUGACUGAGACGACGGAGAAGCGCCUCGAUGAACAUAGGGUAGGCUUCUCGCGACCGUCAAACCGGAUGGACUCGUGUGUUGCGCCAUCCCCCUGUAAAAACAGAUAAACGC